AUGAUUCCCUGCAGAGCUGCCCUGUCUUUUGCCCGAUGUCUGAUCCGGAGAAAAGUUGUCACUCAGGACAGUCUAGAGGAUUCCAAGUUAUGCCGCUGCUUAUCCACCAUGGACCUCAUUGCCCUGGGGGUUGGAAGCACUCUUGGGGCAGGGGUUUAUGUCCUUGCUGGAGAAGUUGCCAAAGCUGAUUCUGGUCCAAGUAUUGUCGUUUCCUUCCUCAUUGCUGCCCUCGCUUCUGUGAUGGCAGGCCUUUGCUAUGCUGAAUUUGGGGCCCGUGUUCCCAAGACUGGGUCUGCAUAUUUAUACACAUAUGUUACUGUGGGAGAGCUGUGGGCCUUCAUCACUGGCUGGAAUCUCAUUUUAUCUUAUGUGAUAGGUACAUCGAGUGUUGCAAGAGCAUGGAGUGGCACCUUUGAUGAACUUCUUAGCAAACAGAUUGGCCAGUUUUUCAGGACAUACUUCAAAAUGAAUUAUACCGGCCUUGCAGAGUACCCAGACUUUUUCGCUGUGUGCCUUAUAUUACUUCUGGCAGGUCUUUUAUCUUUUGGAGUAAAAGAGUCUGCUUGGGUGAAUAAAAUCUUCACAGCUGUUAAUAUCCUGGUCCUUCUUUUUGUUAUGGUUGCUGGGUUUGUGAAAGGAAAUGUGGCAAACUGGAAGAUCAGUGAAGAGUUUCUCAAAAAUAUAUCAGCAAGUGCCAGUGAGCCACCUUCUGAAAAUGGAACAAGUAUCUAUGGGGCUGGUGGCUUUAUGCCUUAUGGCUUUGCGGGAACUUUGGCUGGUGCUGCAACCUGCUUUUAUGCCUUUGUGGGAUUUGAUUGCAUUGCAACAACUGGUGAAGAAGUCCGGAAUCCCCAGAAAGCUAUACCUAUUGGAAUUGUGACUUCUUUGCUUGUUUGCUUUAUGGCCUAUUUUGGGGUCUCUGCAGCUUUAACACUUAUGAUGCCAUACUACCUCCUCGAUGAAAAAAGCCCCCUUCCUGUAGCUUUUGAGUAUGUUGGAUGGGGCCCUGCCAAAUAUGUUGUUGCAGCGGGCUCCCUCUGUGCUUUGUCUACAAGUCUUCUUGGAUCGAUUUUCCCAAUGCCUCGUGUAAUCUAUGCUAUGGCGGAGGAUGGGUUGCUUUUCAAAUGUCUAGCUCAAAUCAAUCCCAAAACGAAGACACCAGUAAUUGCUACUUUAUCAUCCGGUGCAGUGGCAGCUGUGAUGGCAUUUCUGUUUGACCUGAAGGCACUUGUGGACAUGAUGUCCAUUGGCACUCUUCUGGCUUACUCCCUGGUUGCAGCCUGCGUCCUCAUCCUCAGGUACCAGCCCGGCUUAUCUUAUGGGCAGCCCACAUAUUCUCCUGAGAAAGAAGCUCUGCAAUCAUGUGCCAGCCCAGCCUCCAAGAGCGAGUCCCAGGUCACCAUGCUGCAGGACCAGGGUUUCAGCCUGUGGAUACUCAUCAAACCCACCACUCUACCUACACAGAUGUCUGCUUCUCUCGUGAGCUUUCUCGUAGGAUUCCUGGGAACUAGUAUGAAUCUGAAUCUCCUUGUAGUAUUUUCUAGAAGAAUGCCCUUUAUUCACAUUGUACCAUUCUUACCAUUUUUACCAGCAUUCAGCAUCUUCGUGAACAUUUACUUGAUGGUCCAAUUGAGUGGAGACACUUGGAUCCGAUUUAGCAUUUGGAUGGCACUUGGUUUCCUGAUUUACUUUGCUUAUGGCAUUAGACACAGCUUGGAGGGUAGUUUGAGAGAAGAAGAUGAUGAAGAUGAUUAUUCAGGCAACAUCAGUGCAGCAGCAGAAGAAAAAUCUGCCAUGCAAGCAAAUGAGCAGCACCAAAGAAACCUUAGUUUACCUUAUCUAUUCCAUGAGAAGAUAAGUGAAUGCUAA